GCGCGGCCCGGGGGGGGGCGGGCGGUGGAGCCGCCCCUGCGCGGAGCUCUGCGCGCAUCCGUCCGUCCCCUCCCGUCAGCGCUGCAUCCCCCAGCGAACAUUCCAUCCCUCCCGCAUUCCCCAGCGAACAUUCCAUCCCCUCCGAGCAUCCUUCCGUCCCCUCCCGCGAGCUCUGCAUCCCACAGCAAACAUUCCAUCCCCUCCCGCGCAUCCUUCCAUCCCCCUGCGCACCUGCCAUCCCCUCCCGCGCAUCCUUCCGCGCACUCCUUCAACCCCCGCUCCCUCUCCAUCCAUCUCCCAAGCACUCCUCUGCUCCUCCGCGCAUCUCUCCGAGCAUCCCUCCGCGCAUUCCUCCAUCCCUCUGCUCACUCCUCCACUCUCCGCGCACUUCUCCGUCCCUCCUCCAUCACUCCGUCCCUCCGAGCACUCCUCCUCAUAUUCCUCCAUCCCUCCUCCAUCCCUCCUCCAUCCGUCCCCGCACCCUGCGCCCAUCCCCGGCCGCCGGUGCCGCUCCUGCGGGGGAUGGCGGAGCGGCCGCGCUUCCUCUGCGGCGUGGUGGAAGGUUUCUAUGGGAGACCCUGGUCAAUGGAUCAGAGGAAACUUCUCUUUCAAUGGCUGCAGCAGCGGGGGCUGAACUGCUACAUGUAUGCACCCAAGGAUGAGCUGAAGCACCGGCUGCUCUGGAGAGAGCCCUACACAGAGCAUGAGGCAGCCCGCAUGCAAUCUCUCAUCGGGGCUGCCCAGGAACGGGGCGUGGAGUUUAUUUUCGCCAUUUCUGCCGGCCAGGACAUGGUGUUUUCCAGCGCUGGGGAUCGCCUCCUGCUGCAGCAAAAACUCAGGCAGGUGGCUGCCCUGGGGUGCCGCUCCUUCGCGCUGCUCUUCGACGACAUCGACCCCUGCAUGUGCCAGGCUGACAGAGAUGUCUUCCCCUCCCUGGCACAGGCUCAGGCCUCUGUGGCCAACCAGGUGUACCAGGAGCUGGGCCAGCCCUCGGUCUUCCUCUUCUGCCCUACAGAGUAUUGCAGCUCACUGUGCUCUCCCAGCCCCAGCCAGUCCUGCUACCUGCAGACCAUUGGGCAGGAGCUGCUCCCAGGGAUCGCUGUCAUCUGGACAGGCCCCAAGGUGGUGUCCCAGGAGCUGUCAGCAGAGCUGCUGGAGGAGGUGGAGGCCGUCCUGAGGCGCCCUCCCGUCAUCUGGGACAACCUCUACGCCAAUGACUACGACUGCAGACGAGUCUUCCUGGGCCCCUACAUGGGCCGAGCUCCUGGCCUCAUGGCCAGGCUCCAAGGGCUGCUCCUCAACCCCAACUGUGAGCUCCAGGCCAACUUCAUCCCCAUCCACACUCUGGGCACCUGGUUUGGGAGCGAGCUGGGGAGCUGUGCCCACCCUGAGCACGCAGGAAUGGAGGGAGCCCUGGGGGACAGCCAAGGAGCUCAGGAUGGAAGCUACAGCCCACAGGAAGCCUUGGAGCUGGCUCUGCAUGACUGGGUGGCUGAGAUAAACCAGCAGGCCUUGGAGCCAGGAGGAAGGACCCCAGGACAGCCCAGUGUCAGCCUCAAGGGAGGACCAAAGCUGCAGUCUGGCACAGCAGGAGAACAGGAGGGCACCCCUGACCCUCAGCCCCACAGCUCUGCUCCUGGUGGGGCAGACCAGCACAGCCCCGAGCCCUGCAGAGAGGCACCAGAGGAGGGGUGCAGGGAGGUGACCUCAGCCAGGACACCCCCGGGCCACCGGCAGAGCCCUACUGGGGACCAGCUCACCACCACAGGGAGCUGUGAGCCCCCCUCUGCUGUGCCCAGCAUGGAUGGGAGUGCCCAGUCUGCAGGAACCACAGAGGCCACCAAGACCCUCCCCAGCCCUACCACGAGCUCCAGCAGUGGGGCCAACACCAGUCAGAACAUCUCCCUGCCCACCAGGGAUGCCAGGACAGGGGAUGGCAGCCCUGUCCACUCUCCCAGCAGCACCCAGCCUGAGGCCAUCAGGACUGAUGUGCCCCAGACACCCCCAGGACCUGGGGAUGGUGCCAGCCCUGGUGCCACAGCCCCACUGGCUGAUGAGGUUGGUGCUGGGCCUGGUCCCAUGGCACCAGUGACCCCAAAGGAGGCUGAAUCUGGCCCCAUGAGCCCCAAAGAUGCCAGAACCAGCCCCACAGCAAAGAUGAUCCCAGAGGAGCCCAGGACCAGCCCCAUGGCAUCAGUGACCCCAAAACAGGCUGAGUCUGGCCCCACGGCCCUCAAGGAGGUCAGGACCAGCCCCACAUCCCAGGUGGCCCCAGAGGAGGCUGAAUCUGGUCCCAUGACCCUUAAUGAGGCCAGGACAAGCUCCACAUCACAGGUAACCCCAAAGAAGGCUGAGUCUGGCCCCACAACCCCCAAGGAGGCUGGGUCUGGCCCCACAUCCCAGGUGACCUCCAAGGAGGCUGUGUCUGGCCCCAUGGCCCUCAAGGAGACCAGGACCAGCCCCACAUCCCAGGUCACCCCAGAGAAGGCCAGGACGAGCCCCACAUCCCAGGUGACCCCAGAGGAAGCCAGGACCAGCCCCACCUCACAGGUGACCCCAGAAGAGGCUGGAUCUGGCCUCACAGCACCAAUGACCCCAGAAGAGGCCGAGCCUGACCCUAUGGCUCCAAUGACCCCAAAGGAGGCCAGACCCCACCCUACAGCACCACUGAUCCCAAAGGAGGCCAGACCCCACCCCACAGCACCCCUGACCCCGGAGGAGGCCGUGCCCAGCCCCACAUCACCCCUGACCCUGGAGGAGGUGCGGAUGCUUGUGGAGCUCUUUUACCUGCCCUACCAGCACGGGGCUCUGGCACAGCAGCUCCUGGAGCACUUUCGGUGGCUGCGAGCCAACAGCCUCAGCGUGGGGAUCCCAGACACAGCUCCUGAUGCCUGUGGGCGCCGUGGGGGCCUCUUUGGAGAGCUGCAGGCAUUGCUGCCCGUGGGGAACAGCUGUGACCUCUUCUACCAUCCACCCCCGCUGUUCCCAUCCAGCCAGCUGUACCUGCUGCGCCCGCUGCUGCCCCUGGACAAGGGAGAGCUUUACCGCAUGUGCCGCGAGAGCCUGGACUGUGAUCCCAAAGUGGCAGAGAUCCUCGUGGCCCACCCGGAUCUCCUCGGUGACAGGCUCCUGGGCAGUUUCCUCAGCCUGAGCCCUGAGUACACCUUUGUGCUGGAGGAUGAGGAUGGCCCCUGUGGCUAUGCAGCCGGAGCACUCCACGCCGAAGGCUUCCUGCAGCAGCGAGACAGCAGCUGGCUGCCAGCCAUCAGGCACAAGUACCCCCCAGAGCUGGGCACAGGGGGGGCAGCUCUGGGACAGGAUGCCCUGGAGGAAGCAGUGCUCUUCUUCCACACAGAGCCCCUGGCAGUGCCCCAGCCCGUGCUGAGGCGUUUCCCCUCCCUGGUACAGCUGGGCACGGCCCCCCGUGUGCUGGAUGUGGGGGCCAGUCGCAGCCUGGCCCUCUGCCUGCUGAGUGCACUCAGGGCCAAUGGCUCACGGGGAGUGUUCUGCCAGGUCAGUGACUCCGACAGACAGCAGCUGAGCUUCUACAGCAAGCUGGGCUUUGUGGCCCUGCCGGUGGCCUGGGGCAGCUCUCCCGGCUCUCAGCUCCUGGGACGACUCCUCUGAUGACAGAGCACAGGGAGGGAAUGCCCCAGGCCAGGCUGAGCCCCCCAUCCCACACAGCAUCAGCCUGGGCAAGCAGGAGCAGAGGGGCACCUGGAGCAGGCCAGGUACACAUGGGAGGGGACAUGGGGGUGAGCAGGAUGUCACUGGGGUGUGUGCAGGGCUGUGAGGUGCCUGGGUAGCAGAGAGCUAUUUCUGCUGCUCAAGGGAUUUGGUCACCUCUGUGCCACCCCAAAUGUUUGCUGGGUACCCUGCAACUUUGCUGGGCAUCCUCAGGCCUGCAGGAGCUCGUGAGCAGUGUUUGGGUUUGUGGUCCUGGGGCACAGCACGGUGCCUUAGUGCCACAGGAGUGUCCCUGUCAUGCAGGCUGGGCUGCCCAGCUCUCUCUAUGCCCUGUGGGCCUUAGACUGGGCAGCUGGUGCUGGGGCUGGCUCUCAGCACUGAGGAUCUGCUUGUCUGUAUGGACUGAUCUGGUAUGGGGUGUGGUGGGGCAGCCUCUAUUUUUGUGCCUGGGGCCUGAGGGAAGCGCUGUCCUUGGCAAUAAAGCGUUUGCUGGGCUCUCA